AUGUCGGACUCGGACCUCUACGGCGCAGACAUCUAUGGCGACGACGACGCUCAAGACUACGUACCUGCGAACUCCGAGCAGCACGACUCGGCGGACCAUGAUGCCCAAGCUGGAGAAGACGCGGACGACGUUGACUCUGUGUACGGUGACCCCAAAGAGCCCGAGCCACAGCAGGACAAGCCAGCUGCCAAAAAAGAUCCCGUAUCCUCCCUCCCCGCCAAACCUUCAUCCGCCAGCGCCAACUCUCUGUCCUACUCUGCACAGAUAGCACAACAAUUCUCUGCAACUCAUAAGCAGUCCACUCCGUCUCAACAACAGCACCAGCAGCAACAUAUGCGACAAGAAGGCCAGUCUAACAAGACGACCAACGCGAUCGCCACGGUGGACAGCACAGCAACAAACUCAUCCGACGGUACCGUAUACGGCAAGAAGCCGUCGGAGAUGCAUGACGCUGGGUGA